AUGGUCCGAAAACUCAAGCAUCACGAGUCGAAGCUUCUGCGAAAGACAGACUUCAUCACAUACAAAGGCGACAAUGGCCAUCGCGACAAGGCCGUCAUGCGACGGUACAUGAUCCAAAAGCCCGAGGACUACCACAAGUAUAACCGUCUCUGUGGUUCUCUGCGCCAACUCGCUCAUCGUCUAUCCCUCCUCCCUCCUGACAACGCAGCCCGCCGCAAGCACGAGGAGCUGCUUCUCAACAAGCUCUACGACAUGGGCGUUCUUUCAUCCUCCUCAAAGCUUUCCGCCAUCGAGAACAGCGUCACCGUCAGCGCCUUUGCGCGCCGCCGACUUCCCGUCCUCAUGACCAGACUACGCAUGGCUGAGACUGUGCAGGCAGCGACCAAGAUGAUUGAGCAGGGCCACGUGCGCGUGGGAACCGAGACAGUCACCGACCCGGCCUACCUAGUUACGAGAGGUAUGGAGGACUUUGUGACAUGGACUGUGGGCAGCAAGAUCAAGAGGAACAUCAUGAAGUACCGAGACCAGCUUGAUGAUUUCGAGUUGCUGUAG